GUCACUCAAGUUGAGAUCAGGGGUUGAAUCCGACACUAGGCGGUGACAAGAACAGUCACGUUCAGCAACGUGAGGCGGAAUUUGCAAUCAGACGCUUAAAAAGACGUUUUCCAUUUUCUCUGACUCCCUGGCGCAGGAUGAGAUGAAGGCAGCAGUGGGGGUCUGUGUGGGUGCAGAACCUCGGUCGCUCUUCCCAGGCUGAUGUUGGCUGAUGUUCCAUUAUCACAGCUGUCCACAGACUCCGGACCUCGCUGGUUCCGACUGAUCCUAAUUAGAGUGAGCAGCGUGGAUCAGAGACCCCGCCCCCGCGGGAGGUACCAGGCCAGCAAGUCAGCGGCGGAACGAGCGCUCCUCCUGUCGCUCCACUCGGACCCACUUUCUUCUUUGUUUGUCCGAAUUGCGCUCCGAUCCCGGUCGCUGCGGAGGAGCGGGACUUGAGAAGUUUUAAAGAAGCAAAAGUGCGGAAGGACCCGUGGAAACGUGCGGACUGCGUCCCGGAUGCCCGGCCGCGACUGCAGACCGGCGCGGGGAUUUGAACUUCCUUCAGCGGCAGAGAGCGGGGGGACGCUCCGGGUGAUGCUUCCGAGUGCCUCACACAGAAGCUGCAAGUGCUGACUCGGUUGGUGACGGACUUAAAGUGACGUGUCGGGCCUCUGCUGGAGGCGUCCCAGACUCUGCGGGGAACGAGGGGACCCAUCCGGGUGAGUGACACAUGGACGGACCGGGGGACCGCAGCUCCCGCCGGUGGGCUCCACUCCGGCUCUGAAGGGGUUAAAAUGAAACUUUUGGACAGUUUCAUCACUUGGCGGAGAGUUUGGACCAAUUUAAGGACGUCGUGAAGGUUUCCCGGGAAGUUUUUCAGCGAGUUAUGGAUCGUAGUCUGCCCGCUUGAUGGUCGCUGAUAAUCGAUUCAUCACUCUGAGCGUCGAUCUCGUUUAAACUGUGAAGCAUCCCUCCAUGCUCAUCCCUCAGCGGGACACAUUCUGAAUCCGUGUCCGAGUUCUGGUGCCUCACCGGAUCAGCCCUCCAUCAGACGCGGAUGGCCGCCGGGACGCAGCGCGCUGCCCCGCCGCUCACGGAGCGCGGCACGCGGCCGCUCCUGCUGCUGCUGCUGCUGCUGCUCGGCUCUCUGCUCCGCUUCUGCUGCGCGGUCACCGACGACCGAAUCAUCUCCGACCGAUACGCGGUCUACUGGAACAGCACCAACCCCAGGUUCUUUCGGGGUGAGUACACAGUGGAGGUGGCCAUCAACGACUACCUGGACAUCUACUGUCCGCACUACGAGGGCUCGGAGUCGGCUGAGCGCAUGGAGAACUACGUGCUGUUCAUGGUCAAUUACGACGGCUACACCAGCUGCGACCGCAGGAAAGGCUUCAAGCGCUGGGAGUGCAACCGUCCGCUGAGCCCAAACGGACCGCUCAAGUUCUCUGAAAAGUUCCAGCUCUUUACCCCCUUCAGCCUGGGCUUCGAAUUCAGGCCAGGACACGAAUACUACUACAUCUCAUCUCCACAUCCCAACCUGGCGGGGAAACCUUGUCUGAAGCUGAAGGUCUAUGUCAAGCCCACCAACGACUCGGUGUACGAGUCCCCGGAGCCGUUCCUGACCGAAGACUCCACAGGCGGGUGUGACGCCACGCUGCCGCACCUCUCCCUGCUGUCCGCCAUGAUCCUCGCCUUCCUCUUCCUCGCCUAUUCAUAGCAUCUCUUUUUGCACCUCCCUCUGAUGACCAACUAGAGGCAGGAAGGCAACACUGUCACAUUUCCCCCGGCUGACCUUUGACCUCUCACCUGCUGCUCAGCCAAUCAGAGCAGGGUUUGGGGUCACAGGAGGGCGGAGCCUGGAACUGAAGACUCAACACCGACUGUCGUGACUCACGAUGGAAAUCUAGAUUGUACCGAGACUGAACCUUUGCUGUUAAUCCUGCGCCAAAAGCUCUUUUCAGAACCAUGGAGCGCUUUCACUUCAAUCAAAUUGACUCCCACAUUUCUCACAGGAUCAUGAUGUUAGCAAUGUGGAAAGAGCGCUAGCCGCCGGUCAGUCUCUAAUUUACUAGACAGCGUCUCAAGUUUCGUCUCAUAUUUAUAAAUUAUUGGAUUGUUUGUGCUUGAAUUUAUGUUUUUGGACCUUAAAUACCCAGAAUUUACGCUUCAUCUGAAUCAAUGUACCUCACAGUUCAUCAUAUCCACACACAGAUAUCAGCUGUGAGUCACACACCAGCUGCGUUUAUUUUGUAAGUCCUCUGAUCUGUGUGCAGAAGAGUCACGAUUCUUUCUACAGUACCUUUCGUCACUCUUUCUAUCUCACUCACCUGUUUUCAAACACACAACUUGUCACACUUCAGUUUGCUCAAAGGCUCCUAGGUGCAGCCCAAAAGUGGAUGAAAUGAUUCUAAAUAUAUGUGAUAUUGAUAAGCGAGGCGGGAUUAAGUCUUUGCUUCAAGCGCAAACUGGAGUCAUGACUCAAAUCCAGACAGUCAAGUUCAACGACCAGUCCAGUUCUAGUUUGAAGUGAGUUAGAUGGCCAUAUAUUGAUCCACGUUGUAAUUUGCAGAUCAUUUCUUUCCAUUUAAAUAUCAAAACUCCAUUUUUUUGGCUGGUUCACACUUGAUGCUCACGCUAGUUUAAGAAUAUUUCUCAAUUUAAAAAAAGAGAAGAAAUCCAUUUUUAUUUAGCUAAAUUGUUAAUUUUAAAUCACCUUUUCUGUCCAAGUCACAACAUACUCAACAUGUCUGAACACCUCUUCACACUGAAUAUGAAUCCUUGAGUCAUCUGAAAGGAGCUUUUAGACGCUGAAAACAUUCAGCAGUACAAUAGUAAAUGAAUGUUUUGGCAGCUUGUUUGACAUGGAACACGACAGUGGCUGGAUCUCCAUGCUUCUCUUUCUGCAUCUCGUGGUCUGAUUCAAACAUCUUCCGUCUGGUGAAGCACCAGCAGCUUUAACAUCCAAACUGUCCUGACUUUUGCCUGACGGUCACAGAUGCGAGACGGCGUCUUCUCUCCAACAGACAUCUACGUUCGUGUGCCGACUCAGUUCUCACAAAACCAACUCAAAUGGACACAAACAAAAGCAAUGCUACCAGCAUUAGCAUUUUGACCACGCAUGUCAAACUUAUGGCCCGGGGGCCAGCCCAGGCCCGCCAUGUCGUUUUUGGCAGCUCAUGAGAGAGAAAUAAGAUGGCGGCGUUCAAGCCAUGAAAGAUGGCUGUAUGUCUGUACUUCAACAACCUAAGUGUUUAAUGUGUUAUUAGUCGGUGAUUGUCUUUUAUGAAUUUUGACACCAAGCAUAGACUCGUCUGACUAGAGCAUCCUGUUCAGACCCGGGCCGUUCAGUGAGUGUCAGUUUUACAUGGUUCAGAACUGAGACUCAUUUUGAGACUCUCCAGCUCAGUGAGUUUUGCUGAAAGUUUUUAUACAAUAGUUAUUUGUUUCCUUUCUCUCAGAAUUGGCUUUAAAACAAUUCCUUCAUCUUUUUCCAUCUAUCCAUUUUCACCCGCUUAUCCGUCGCUGGUUCAGUUUCAACUGUUGAAGCUGCACCCAAACCUCCUCAUCUGGCUCCUUGCAACAAGGGGAAACACCGGCUGUACUCUGAGUGUCGCCAGUAUGACAGAACUCCACAACCUCUCUCCAAGGGAAGGUGAAGGUCAGGAUGAAGAUUGACCGGUAAACUGAGAACUUUGCCUUUUGGCUCAGCUCUCUUUUAAACACAGCAGUGUGGUAGAGCGACUGCAAUACCGCCCCUACUGAACGGUUUUGCCCGCCAUUCUCCAACUCCUCAACCCCGAGAUACAUUAGCUUCUCUAUUUCACGAACCAAGGUCUCCAUAAAAACAUUAUUUUUAUUUAGUUUAUAUAGUUACCAUGUUCAUCUGCAACUCGCCAUAUUUUUUUCUGAUGUUACAGUCAUGCCAACCAAUUUUUCUGAUGCAUUUCUAUGAUUAUUGACUAAAACUUUAUUUUUUUUAUCACCAAGUCACAUGAAGUUCCUCUUCUCAUGAAUCAUUUAAUAACUCUCUCAAAACUCCUCAGUGUAGGUCUCAAAGUCAUUGCUGAAGGUGUCAAAUAUUCCGUACGGGUGCCCUCGGGGUGGUCACCCCUUAUGUGUGGCACAAUUCUCUGGCCGAGCUGAUGUGACUGAUUUGCAGUAGUUCUCUUGAGUCUUGAAGUUCGUGGUAAUUAUGUGAUAAUAAAAGUCCUGGACGGUAUAGAAAGGUUGCACCAAAAAAAACCAAAUCGCAUAACCUUGAUGUCAAGUAGAAGGGGCUCACAGGCGCCAGUUCGGACUACCAGUUCUAACCCUAAACCUGGACCAAGAAAAUGGGUGGCAGUAAGAAGUGAACAACUCAACCAGGAGAAUAACAAACUUGACCAACCCAUGAAGUACAGCUAAAAAAGUCUCGACAAGAACCCCGUGACGACCUCUUACUCCAGCAUUUAAAGGUUUCACCGAUUCAGCCGCGUGACGUCUCGUCUCUGCGACCGUCCUUCUGCUGCAGCUAACUUUCAGCCUUUUAUUUCUGUAAUUCUGCCAAAGACUUUUGUACUCUGAGGGGUGGGCCAAUCACACAGCAGCCAGGGGGCGUCGUCUCCCUCUCGCUCUUUUUUCUGCUACGCAGGGGCGGGGUCAUCCGCCGGAGGAGAACGUUGGUGUCGUUUUUGUCAUACAACUAAAAAAACGAAUGUUUAGUGCAAAAUAAUCAACAAUUGCCUUUUUCUCACUGGUGCUGAACUUUUAGUGUUUUUCUUUUCGACGAGAACAGCGACGUCAUGUGGCGGGAGUGAGUCCUACAACAUUUUUUUAAAACGUCAUCUCUCUCAUCAUCAUCAUCAUCAUCUGUGCUUAUUGAGAAGAGAUUAUGGACAUGCUGAGGCAUGCUGGGAAAUGCAGUAUAUAAUCACGGACGCACUGUGACGGAGAAUCGACCAACUCACACGUGUGUGUCAACGUGUGUGUGUGUGUGGGGCCAUCGUGAUGUGGGGAACUCUUCAUAUGUGAUAUGAAUCAAGCGCUAAGAAAGUCGACUUGUUGGUGAACUUUUUCGUUUACUGCUUGCACACAAUGCAUUCUGGUCCGUGUAGUCUCGUGUGGUCUGUUGCUGAGUAACAGUCAGGUGGGCUCGUCAUACUUCCUCUCGUCGACCGUGUGUGUGGAUGUUUGUGUCGCGUCAGGAAUGGGUUUGUAAACCCCGACAUCCUUGAUCCUGUCGAAGAUUAGAAGAACAAUGUUUUGUAUAUUUUCUUAUUGGAUGCUUAGAAAGUUAAAGGAUGCUUUCUUUCGGAUUGGCUAAAGAGCUAAAAAAUAUGGGGUCAAGGGUCGCCAGACCUGUUCAGGACUUCCUGCGCUGCAUGAACUGGAGAGCUUACAUUUACUGACAUACUUUCAAGUUUGAUGAGAAAAUGUUACAAAGUGUACGGAUCUGUGUUUGAUAAACUUCACCACCAAUAAAAGGA